AUGUUUUAAUCUUGUAAUAAUGAAACCACUGUAAAACAAUAUAAGUAAGUGGUAGAAAAGUAUUAACGUUACUUAGAUGAGAGAGUCAUAGUGAAAUAAAAAUCAGAGGAUAGAUUAAGUAUUGCAGUCAGGAAAAUAUACUUAAAUCCUCUUUUACCUACAUUAUAGUUAGAUCAAUAUAAAGAGAUAAAUAGUAUUGGUAAUAGAUAAUCUUGUUUAGUUUAGGAAUAAUAAUCUUAAUCAAAGCAAGAAUCUAUAGAUUAAAUAACCAACAACAUUUAAUAAUCAAUAAUCCCUCCUUAUUCUGAUUUUGUAAACAAAUAUUAACACUAAAAAUCUAAAUCUAAUUUAGAUGCUUCUCAAUAAUAAGGAUUUUUUAAUAGACUCUUUAAAAAUAAUAAUAAAGUUAAUCAUCAAUCUAGAGAUAUUUAAAUUAAGGACCUAACUUUAAAUAAAAGAAAUUAAUCUGAAGUAUAUUAAGAUAAUUAGACUCAUCUACCUUCAUUGUAUUCACCAUAAAAUGAUAUCACUAAACAUAUAAUUAAGAAACAUUCAUCUAAAAAGUUUACUAAUGAUGAAAUUUCAUUUACUAAUAGAUGGGAAAGAGAUAGAGGAAAUAAUGUUGUAAGAAUAGACAGAUUUGAUGUAGAAUAAUUCAAUAAUAACAUUUUUGAUUAUAUCUUAUCUUAAGAUAUAAUUAAAAUGUUUUUUUAAAAUACAAAUCUUAAUUAAUUAAAAAAUAUGAUGAAGGAAUUACUUAAAGGAGUUUUUUAUGAAUAAGUUAUUAAUUUUGAAUUGAUGAUAACAUAUUUUACUUCUCUUUAAUUCACUUAUCUAGAAAUCUUUUACAUUAAAUAUGCAAUAGCUUAAGUUUUAAUUUAAGCUAAUUAUAACUAUCUUUUCAUUGAAAGAGCUCUUAAUUAAUUUGAAGAAUACAGAUAUUUAAUUUAAAAACCUAUUCCUUUUAUUACUAAGCUCUUUGAUAAUCUAUUCUAUUCAAGUAUCACUAAGGAUUUAAUUAUCAAAUUGCUUAAAAGUGUUGCAUAUCAUAAAUACUUACAAACACAUAAAUUUUAAAGUGAAUAAUUUAUUUUAGCUAUUAAAAAUGGGCUCUUUCCUUACCUAGUCGGAGAGUAUGUAGCUUUGCCUUUACAUGCAAGAAUUAAAGAUGUUAAAGCUGAAUUAUUUAGAUAAUAAAUUCUAAAGCCCUUUAUUAAUUCGACUUUUGUUAUUCAACUCAAAAAUCUACUUAAAGAAUAUAAUCUUGAAGAUUUAUAUAUUAAAGAUGUUGAAAGAAGAUUAAUCUUUCCUAAAAACCUUAUCUAUUCAUUUGAAGAUGCCCAUUUUCCUUUAUACUACACAUUAACUUAUAUUCAAUGUAACUAUACUCUUAUACCUUCUUAUGAUAUUAAAGCUUUGAUUAAAGUUAUUAAAAUAGAUCCAACAAUUAGGGAAUCUGAUUCUACUAUUUUUUUAGACAAUGUUAAAUAUCUUUCCUAAUUUGAAUAAAUAUAAGAUGAUAUUUAAUUAUUUUUAUGA